AUGGACGCCUCUGCCCUCAGGACUCGCAUCCAGGCCACUCUGGAUGCAAAUGCUGAUGCCCGUCGCCAGGCAGAGCUGGAUCUGCGAAAUGCCGAAGACACACCCGGCUUCUGCGAGGCGCUGCUGAACAUCCUUGAGGCCGAACAAGACACUGCAGUGCGCCUGUCCACCGUCGUCUACCUCAAAAACCGCAUCACCAAGGGUUGGGCUCCCAUCGAGAACGAGCAAACACGAUUCAAGGCCGUCCCCGAGGGUGACAAGCAGGUCAUCCGCCAACGUCUCGUCCCUAUCCUCGCCGCUUCGCCGCCGCAAAUCCGCGCUCAGCUUGUUGCUACCCUGCAAAAGAUCUUGCACUACGACUUCCCCGAGCAGUGGCCCGACUUCCUCAACAUCACCAUCAGCCUUCUGAACCAGCAAGAUGCAGGCAGUGUAUUCGCCGGUCUGCAGUGCCUCCUGGCCAUCUGCCGCGUUUACCGUUUCAAGGCCGGCGAGACAAGAGCCGACUUUGACAAGAUUGUCGAGAUGACCUUCCCUCAGCUGCUCGCAAUCGCAAACAGCCUUGUCAAUGAGACCAGUCUCGAGGCAGGAGAGAUGCUGCGUACAGCUCUCAAGGCCUACAAGCACGCCAUCUACUUUGAGCUUCCCCGUCAUUUGCGCGAGCAGCAGCAGAUUGUUGGCUGGUGCACUCUUUUCUUGAACGUUGUUGCAAAGGAUCCCCCAGCCGAAGCAAUGGUCGAGGAUGUGGACGAGCGCGAGCAGAACCACUGGUUCAAGUGCAAGAAGUGGUCAUAUGUCAACCUGAACAGACUAUACGUCAGAUACGGAAACCCAACCAACCUUUCAAAGACCGAGGCCGAGUACACCGACUUCGCAAAGAGCUUCAUCAAGGACUUUGCCCCGGAGAUCCUCAAGGGCUACUUGGGUCAGAUCGAGAAGUGGGUUGGCAAGACUACAUGGCUGAGCAAGCCCUGCUUGAGCUUCACCCUGGUCUUCAUGGAGGAGUGCAUCAAGCCCAAGACCAUGUGGGACCACCUCAAGCCGCACAUGUCCAUCUUGAUCCAGCACUUGAUCUUCCCCGUUCUCUGCCAGUCUGACGAGGACAUUGAGCUUUUCGAGACCGACCCCUCCGAGUACCUCCACCGCAAGCUCAACUUCUACGAAGAGGUUUCCGCUCCCGAUGUCGCCGCCACAAACUUCCUGGUCACCAUGACCAAGGCCCGCAGAAAGCAGACUUUCUCUGUCCUCAACUACAUCAACGACGUCGUCAACCGCUACGAAUCCGCUCCCGAAGACCAGAAGAACCCAAGAGAAAAGGAGGGUGCUUUGCGCAUGAUUGGAACUCUCUCUGGUGUUAUACUUGGCAAGAAGAGCCCCAUCGCAGACCAGGUCGAGUUCUUCUUCGUGAGACACGUCUUCCCUGAGUUCCGCAGCCCUCACGGAUACCUGCGUGCUCGUGCCUGCGACACCCUUGAGAAGUUCGAGGCUCUCGACUUCAAGGACUCCAACAAUCUCCUCAUCAUCUACCGCAACAUCCUUGAGUCUAUGGCUGAUCCUGAGCUGCCCGUUCGUGUCGAGGCUUCGCUCGCUCUGCAGCCUCUCAUCCGUCACGACGUCAUUCGUAUUUCCAUGCAGGGAGAUAUCCCUCAGAUUAUGCAGCAGCUGCUCAAGUUGGCUAACGAGGUCGAUGUCGAUGCUCUUGCCAAUGUCAUGGAGGACUUUGUUGAGGUCUUCGCUGCUGAGCUCACCCCCUUCGCCGUUGCACUCAGCGAGCAGCUUCGCGACACCUAUCUCCGUAUCGUCCGUGAGUUGAUCGAGCGUAACUCAUCGAAGGAGGGUGACGACGAGUACGGUGAUUUCUUGGACGAUAAGAGCAUCACUGCUUUGGGUGUCCUCCAGACCAUCGGUACCCUCAUUCUGACUCUUGAGAGCACUCCUGACGUUUUGGCUCACCUCGAGACCAUCCUCAUGCCCGUCAUUACCAUCACCUUGGAGCACAAGCUGUACGAUCUCUACAACGAGGUCUUCGAAAUCAUCGACAGCUGCACUUUCGCCGCCAAGACCAUUUCUCCUACCAUGUGGAACGCGUUCGAGCUUAUUCAUAGAACGUUCAAGUCUGGCGCUGAGCUCUACCUCGAAGAUAUGCUCCCCGCCCUCGAGAACUUUGUCAACUACGGUAGCGAGGCUCUCAUCCACCAGCCUCAGUACCUGGAAGCCAUUGUGGACAUGAUCCGCACCAUUUUCUCGAACGACUCUGUUGGUGGUGUUGAACGUAUUUGCGGUUGCAAGCUCGCUGAGAUGCUCAUGCUUACUCUCCGUGGACACAUCGACAACUACAUUCCUGAGUUCAUCAUGAUCGCCAUGAACGUUUUGAACAGCGAUGAUGUCAAGGUCAAGUCAUACCGCAUCCACUUGAUGGAGACUGUUAUCAAUGCUCUCUACUAUAACCCUAGCCUUGCGCUGCACAUCCUUGAGUCCAAUGGCCAGACUAACAAGUUCUUCAGCUUGUGGUUCUCAAGCAUCGACAUUUUCACCCGCGUCCACGACAAGAAGUUGUCAAUUGCAGCCAUCACCUCUCUCAUUAUCUUGCCUGCAGACCAAGUGCCCGUCAGCGUACAACCUGGCUGGCCUCGUCUGCUCCAAGGCAUUGUUCGUCUUUUCCAGACUCUUCCUGCGGCCAUCAAGAACCGCGAGGAGGCUACCAGAGAAGACGACUUCGGUCUUGGAGGUGACUACGAUGACGAGGAGGAGGAUGAAGAAUGGGAGGGUGAGAUUGACUGGGCAGCUGAGGAGAUCGAGGGCGAGACCGACGACGUCAAGGACGAAAGCGCCGCUUACCUCGAUUUCCUGUCACAGCAGGCAUCCAAGUUCAGCGCCAUUGGUGAUGAUGACGAUGAUGAUGAAUUAGAAGAGGAGUCAUUGCUUGAGACACCCUUGGAUAGGGUGGAACCUUACGGCAUGUUCAAGCAAGCACUUUUCCUACUUCAGCAGCAACAACCUCAGCUCUACCAAGAUCUGACCAAGACGCUGAGCCCUGAAGAGCAACAAAUUAUCCAGACGGCUGUAAAUCAAGCCGAUCAGAUUGCUGCUCAACAAGCCGCUCAAGCACAGCAGGUCUCUGAAGGAGCCGCACCGCUCAACGGCGGCAUCUAA